ACAAUUGGCGGCGGCGCUGCUGAGGUCAUUGCGUCAAUUUGCGCCUUCCUCGGCCGCGCCGAGACGAGUGGACACUGCCGCGCGACAGUCGCUGGUGCGUGCGUUGCGGCAGCAGAAGCCCCGGCGUCUUCAGGAGCGCGUAGCGUGCAGCAAGCUGGAGCAGGGCGCCGGCAGCAGGGCUGCCACCAUGGUGGUGGGAAGCGUGGAGCGCGCGCACGGCCACGGACACGGCAGGGGCCCGCGCGCACAGCACGUGCGCCACCAGGCCAGGCAUCGUCAGUAUGACGAUGAGGAGAGCGGGUGGGCGUGCAUGAACUGGUUCGAGUACAUGCUGGUGGUGGUGUUGGCCAGCCUACUGCUGCUCGGCGCCCUCACGCUGACCCUCUUCUGGGCGCUGUACUACGCCGGGGGCUUCGCCUGGACCGAGGAGCCCGCCCGCCAGUUCAACCUCCACCCCGUGCUCAUGGUCGCCGGGUUCAUCACCUUCAGUGGCUUCUCCCUGUUACUGUAUCGAAUCUGUCGAUGCUGCCGUCGCAUCUACGUGAAGCUGUUCCACACAAUCUUCCAUGCUCUUGCCAUACCAUGCAUUGUGGUUGGAUUUAUAGCAGUACUUGAUUCACACAACCUUGCAGAUCCACCGAUAGCAAACUUCUACUCCCUGCACAGCUGGAUGGGGCUGGUUACCAUGGGCCUGUUUGCACUGCAGUUUGUUGUAGGCUUCUUCAGCUUCCUGAUCUUGCUGUGCUGUGAAGGUGCAACAGCAGCAUUCCGAGCUUCUCUAGUACCCAUACACGCAUCCUUUGGCAUAACAACUUUCAUGCUGGCUGUAGCGACAUGCCUUACAGGUCUCACAGAGAAGGCCUUCUUUAAGCUUAGCUCUAAGUAUUCGGAGAUGCCUGAGGAAGGGAUAAUCAUGAAUGCUCUGGCUAUGGUGUUGGUAGCUUUGGGGAUACUUCUGUCUUACGCUGUGCGGAGGGAACCAUUCCGCACACAAGUUAAGACUUUCGUCACUGAACGACUGUAGACUAGUUUUACAAUACGUUAUUUGGACUGAAUUGUUUCACUGCUGUAAUCUAAUGUCACAGAAGCUUUGUAGGUUCAGUUGUUCCUACGCUGUAUUGGAAGGAAAAAAAAUUCUUUAACUGUUCAAUCCAGAAAUAGUGAACCAUUAGAAUUUUUAUACAUUUUCUUAUCAAGAUUGUCAGUCUUAUCUUCAUAACAGUGGACAGUGCCCUUUUUAACAGUGUACAAGCUGAAAGGACCAAAAAGGAUAUAUUCUGUGUACAAAGACAUUUUAUUCCUGCUAAGGUACCUUAUUAUUAUCCAUACCAUUUUUAUAGACAUUCUGUGUGUUCUAGCAUAGUCACUUUUUAUUACUUCGGUGCAGAUAAUCAGUCUUGUAUAUCGUUUUAUAAAUCAUGCCUUUGUACAUAAGCUUUGUAGUUAAUAAGGAAAAAUACUGACAUACAUUUGUGUACAUGAUCCAUUUAUAUAUAUACACAAAAAUUCAGAUCUGUGCAAAUGCGUGCAUGAGUGUUGUAUUUAAAUAACUUGCUCUAAAUAUAGAGAAAAGUUAAUGAGCAGUAUGACUGAAUAUUAAAAGUAAUUUGUUGUUAUUGUUUGAUGGCAGAAAAUUUUAGAAAACUAUAAAUGUUAAUUACACCUAACAUAUUUUGCACACUUGUGCAAAGUUCGAAAUAUUUGUCUUUGGAGCAGAUUCUUUUUUUUUAAAAAAAGAAAUCUGUUCUAUGAUUACAUCUUUCCUCAUAUUGUCUGCGUCACAAAAAGUUUUUAAUUUUACCUCUGCCAUCAUUGUUAUCUUUUUAAAUCUUUUGGUGUGAAGAUACCACGAGUGUUGACUUGACAGAACACAUAAAGAAUUCGGUCAAGUAAGGAAUUCUAUUAUUCAGAUUUUUGUUAUUGAGAUAUCAGAUUAAUGUAUGAAAGAAAUAAUAGAUUUACAUUUAUGCUAUAAUUAUUACAUCGAAGCAUUCAAAAUGAUAAGUGUUAUUGGAGUAUAAAAAGUUUCAUAUGUAACCUGAAGAAGUUUGACAUUAAAGUAUUAAAAAAACUA